GCGGUCGCUGAGGAGGGAUCUUGCAACUGGUCGUGCUGGUCGAGAUAAGCCUUUCUCUCCUGCUGCCUUCCCCGGCUUCCCACCCCCUGACUUUCGUGGUUCCUCGAUCCCCCGAGACUUGACCCCUCGAUGGUUUCAGUCGGCGGUUCCAUGCGCCCACUCCAGUCAAGAUCACCGUCGCACCGGAAGUAACCAGACACAGCCACCGACGCCGCUAGUUGGCGCUUCCGUUCUUCCACAGGCAACCAGGAAAUCCUGCAAACUCUUGCUCCUGAGUUCUCCUGGAAAAAAUGCUGAAUGUGCGCCAUUGAACCUGGGCAUGUGUUGGUUCAAACCAAUGUAGACUCCCAUGUGCUGAUCAUUGACCAUGGAGGAGGAUGUUCGGUUGCCCUGCGCGGAGCAGCUUGACGGCUGUCGGAUCGACCAAGAACAGCCUGACAGGGCUGUUUCUGACCCGCAACAGACUGGCUCGCGUGAGAGAGGUCAGGGACGGGCAAAUGAGCAGAGCUCACCCCCCUUCUACCGGUUGCCUCGCACUGUGAUUGAGUACAUCCUCUACCGCGUUGACGCGAAUACCUUUGCAUCCCUAGCCCUCUUGAACCGAAAAUGGCGACGAAUUUCCGACUCGUCUCAACUCUAUGCCUAUCAUCUGGCGCGCUGCCCGUCAUUCGCCCUAACGCAGAAGGCCACCGCGGACACGACCCGCCCAGACGGCCUUGCAAACCUCAAACGCAGUUUCCUGGCGGAGAUUCGGCGCAAUGCCUUUGAUGUCUUCCUGAGACCUCGAAAAACACUGAUCAAACUCAUUUCGACGUCUAUGAGCUCCUCGACGCCUUUUCCACAAGGUGAAGCGUUUCGUUUUACUUUCUCGCCCAAUGCCCAGCUAGUCCUCUGCAUCAGCUCCUCGAGAAUCGUGGUCAUCGACGUGGCGACUGGCCCGGCUGUUGUGAGGCAUGAGCUGAAGACUUGGAGACGUCCAUUAAAUGCGGCUAUCUCGGACGAUGGCACUCUUCUUGCCGUGGUUUCUUCCAGCCACCAGGUCCACGUUUAUACUCUUUCCGACGUCGAGGCAAAACACAUUCAAGAACUCCAGUUGAAUGACGUCCCGCGAACCUUGGCACUUUGUCCAAUGGGUGGCGUUCUUGCUAUAGCGUACGAUGAUCGGAUCGAAGUGUACGCAAUUGGAGAGGGGGCUCUAGCAACAGAACGACGUGCUGUACGCUGCAAUGGGGUUGAUUCACUGUCGUUCUCGUCUGAUGGAAUCAUGUUACUGGGCUCUUCCAGCGAUGAUCAGAAUAGCGAGCUCGUCACCAUCACAGUACCAUUCUAUACGGAGCCGGACUCCGACUCUGCACGAGACGCCCAAAUUCGAAUGUGGACAACCCAAAUACUUUUCCCUGACGUCAUCCAGGGUUAUAGUCAUGCAUGUCUUCUCCCAAUGCAUACCGAGGGCGAGGGUAACUGGGUUCUUGGAUUUGACAAGGAGAUUGGCGCUUUUCGAGGAAUCGGGGCCAACAAUGCAAAUUCUGGCACGACGUUUUUUGUGAGUCCCAUGUCUGCAUGUGGAUCGCAAGAAUCUCCGCCCGCUAUGUUGCCAACAGUCGACUGCCAGGGUGAACUUGCUGCCUUGGGGUUUCAGGAAGCCGGGCUGUGGGUGUACGGGUUGCCCGAUCGACUGGACAUUGCUCUCGCCGCAUCCUCUGCUGCAGGGCGACCUGCAGUGAAUGAUAACGAGGAUCCCCGAGAGGUAGAAGCUCUGGCUUUUCCAGGACAGGAUAGCUCGACACGGCUACAGCAGUCCAUCCUGCGACCGAAGAUGCUAAUCACUGGGCAUAAGGUGAGCGAGGUGCCUGGAAUCACUGCAGCCCGCUGGGUACAACGUUUCGGUGCCGCGACAGACCAUCGCAGGUUAGUGGCGGUGGCCCCAGGAGGCGUUAAUCCUCCGAGCUUUGGUGAGGAAGAUGUUCCGGUAGAUGGAGGACGGGUGCUUCUUUUCGACUUUGCGCGGUCCGCCAAAGACGGAGAUGUGACCGAAAUCAGUAUUGAGAUUGGAGAGGCCGAGCCUAAGAUGCUUAAUGAGCCAAACGCCAGCAUGGAUACUGCUGUUGAACUGGAGCGAAGAAGGACACGUUUGCAGCGUGGGAAUCCUCUUCGUGCACGGCAUGCUAAUCGCGAGUCCUAUCCUGCUGCCUCCUCAACGCAUCAUAUUUCCCCAUUGAAUCUGCGUCGGAAUAGUUCCUACUUGUCUGGCUCGUCGAAUGAUGGCGAAUUUCCCCCGAUUCCAGAUAGUCCCUACGACAAUACUCAACCUCGGUCUCACGACACGUUGCGUCGUGCCGCUACCGCUGCGGCCUUCAACCAGGGACGUUACAACCCGAGGUAUCGAGACGACGGGCGUCGAAUAUACGACGAUAGACGGGUUCCCCCACUCUUUCAGGUCCCUCAUGAAAGCGAUGCGGACAAUUGGGUCCCUCCCCCGCCUCCAUACUCCCGUGAACCUGAUGGGCCGCUACCGGAGUAUCUCAGGAGGUCCCUUCUUCCCACAAGAGCUAGUGCCUCGUCGCCUCAAAUUCACAGAUCUCAAACAACGCGCUUGAGUAGCCCGACAGAGGACAGUUCGGCUCCCUCGUCCCUACAAAGGUUAAACACUAUCACUGGGUCCAGAUUCACCUCGCGCAUGAGAAGAAACACGCGCGAUUCCGACGAUCAAAGUCGGCGGCAUAGCAGUUUCAUCCGCCGUCGAACCAACUCGGGAAGCCGUUUUACGCAGAAUGUCGACGAGCCCGAUGUGCCCUCAGUGCCUCCCUUACAAGAGCCGAGCAAUUCCCCGCAGCGACCGCAAACUGCCGGUCAGAUGUCAUCCCUGCAGAAUGGCAACAAUACUCAGAUCGCUUCCACGACUGAGAUCUCUCAAGAGCCAACGCAGGCUACUCCAAUUCAAGAAGCUCAGCGCGAAUCGGGUGCCGGACACUCUGCCGAAGAAGAUCAGGAAGACUCCGUGCCUGCUCUUCCCACGAUGGCACCUAAUCUGAACUAUCCAUUUUCACUUUCAUCGCCCAAUCUCCAGGCCUUCGAGCCCCAAUAUGAAUCUCCGGAAGUCAUGAGGAACUCGUGGAUACGCCCUGGGCAACGCAGAUCGAUAGACCGACGGUCGCAGUCCCAGGAUCUUCGGAUGCCAGCGCCGAACAUCGUACCCUUGAAUCGUCGAGCGUCCACCGACCCAACUCUUUCCUUGAGCUCCCAGCCGUCUAACGAUCUCUGGAGAAGACGGAUCGAGGAGUGGAACGAGCGAACCAUCCACGAGAGAAGCAAGAAGCGGAACAAAUGCGUCGUGAUGUAGGCGGAUAGAGUCGGCCGGUUUAUAGUUAUAGCGAGGACAUGGUUCUCUUGUAUUCGUUCAUUCUUUCUGCCUUUGAACUUUGCUUUUGUUGCAUAUACCCAAGUGACGUAAGCGGACGUGGAUCGCAUAGUCGCAUUAGAUCGGAAUGAAUUCAC